CUCAGGAGGCACAUACACCAACUUCAUGUAUACUUUGGUGAUCGGGACAUAGGAGCGUAUCCUUGGAGCAAACAACUGUGUCGCAACACCUCUAAAGACGGCAGCAUACUUCAGUGGCUAAAGCUGUAUCCAGCCGGCCGCUGUGGGGUAAUCCUCCAUCGUAGGAUUUCGGCGAGGGUCGUCGUGACCGCCUAGGACUAACAACCGCAGAGCUGAAAGAUUUCGAAGCGUUUCCUUGAGCACUACCCUGUGGAACCUGCAUGAGGUGAAAGUGGUGGACUCAUCAUGCGGUUCUAUGGCGGCACCGUUCUUCACAGCUAGUAACCUUGCUAAGCAAUGCGACACUACGAUAUUUUCGGCUCGCCGCAUGGCCGAGAUCCAAAACGUAAAUACUAGGCUUCCAUCGCUAGUUGGACAGCCCGCGAUGAUACCGGCGUUUGCUCAUUCCGCGGGCAUCGCCUGCGCCAUGACGGGCUACCCAUCGCUCCUCCCAAACAUGGCCCCGCUUCCCGUCUUCCUCUACCACCACAUGCCCGGCGGCCUAAUCCCCCAAGCGUAUCCAGAUCCCUUCGGCCUUUGCCCCGCAUGGCCUCCAUGUGAGGGCUGCGACUCCACGGACAACCCACGACCCCGCCAAAACACCGCAAGGCUGCAGCCCAGCAAAUCCGCCCGCUUCUACCGCGGCGACAGCAGCUCUAGGAGCUCCCUGCAGUCGUGCAGCCGGGGUCGCAAGGCGGACGUCUCGCCAGCUCCCACAGCUGCGGCUGCCGUACCAGCCUCCGGACGCAGCGACUGCACCGCCGUCUUGCAGGAACCCACCGCCGCACAGGACGCCAUGCGACCAGCCAGCGAUGCGGGCAGCCCUCCAGUGCCGCUUCCCACAGGCCACCGAGACCCCCGCCACCUAGCGGCCUGCGGAGCUGACAAACCGGCCGCCGCCAAGCAGCAACCUUCCCCUCAUGAUGCGGCCCUUCUUGGGCAGCAUGCAGGCUCCUUGGGCAUGUCGCUACCCCCACACGAUACCGCAGCGGCCUCAGCCGGGGCGGCUGCAGGCACCCGACGACCCGUACCCUGUAUGGACCCGACCGCACCUGCCUCCAGGCUCAGCGACGUUCCCGCGGGCGGUAUCGCCGGGACUGGCCACAGCCCCGUCGCUUCCGCGGCUCCGCUGGCUGCCACGUCAAGCAACCCGCUAUCCUCCCUCGCGCUGGGACCUGCACCCGUGUUUGCCUCCAUAGCUGCCUCUCCAGUUGCCAGCAGCGCUGCGGGCAUGCCGCCAGCUGCUGGUGCCGCCUGCGGCAACUGCUGCCCGCUGGCAGGCGGCCGGCCCCGCAUGCCGCUGAGGGCCCCCACGGGGGAGCUGAUGUGGGUGGAUGCGAGGCGCUACCCGGCCAUCCUGCGCCGCCGCCGGCAGCGGGACCGUCAGAACUGCCUGGCCGUCACCGCGGCCACACCCUGCAGCCACAAGCCCGUUCGUCAGCUGCUGCACCGGGCGACCCAUGGGUCCUUCCCGGCCCCUCCCGGCCGCGGCACCCGCCUCCAACCGCGCCCCAAAGGCGCUGACGUCACAUCCGCUGCCGACGACGACACCACCACCUGCACCACAGCGGCCGGGACCAUCACCCACGACGACUCGGAUUUGUCCGACAUGGCGCCAUACGUGAAUACCCCCCCAGCAGUGGCGGCACCCGCUGUGUUUGCGCGCCAGCUCUUCCCCACCUCGGUGGCCCUGGGGGUGCCCCUCGCCGCUGCGGCUAGGGUGCUGGUGGGCUUCGGAUGGGCGACGGCACCUGCCGCAGCUGCAGCAGUGCCUGCAGGGGUAGCAGCAGCAUUGCAUGCAAUGCCGGCCGCAAUGCCUGCGAGGGCAGCAGCAGCGCCGGUGCCUGGGCUUGCGGAGGAGCCGCCCCGAGGCGGCGGUCCCGGUGCUGGCAUGUUGGCGUGCGAUCGUGCUGCUUUGGAGGCCGAGCUGGCAGCGGUGUUGGCGGAGGAGUCAUGCGGCUGCAGCCUGGGCAGCGGGGGCGGGGGCAACUGCUUGUACGGAAGUGGCGAGAUGACGAGCAGCGGCAAGUAGGAGGGAGAGGGAGAAGCUGUUUUGGGCGAGUUGAGUGGGGCGUCCUGUUGCUCCCGAGCUGCUUGCGUGCAUGUGGCGCUUGGAAGGGGCUUGCGGUGCAUGUGAGGUGUAUGUUUGCUCAAGUGACGCCCACACCUGGUUGGAUGGUUGAAGUUGGACCAGUUGGUGUAGGACCGCUGGCCGAAACUGCAGGAUGUGCGAGGCAGCUCAGGUCUUGGGAGGAUGUCGUUGCAAUGGUAAAGUCGUGAGGGAACGGAGGGUUAUGCUUCACCUAUUUUGCUGGUUUCAGUCGUUGCGAACAUUUUUUGGUAACUGGUAGCUGAACGUUGGUGCUUGUAUCUAAGAACGUGCGACGCAGGUUUUCAACACAGUGCAGGUAGUGCAGGACAAGUCAGGUCAGGCAGCAGUAGUAGUAUGCGCACACGCGUGCUUCAUGCGCAUUCUUGCAGAGAUGCAUGCCAAGAUGGGUACAAUGCACGAAAAGCGUCCAGAUGGUAUCAUUGUAUCCUGGACUGUCCGUAUCCUUUCAUCAAAUGCCUAUGAAAGGAGAAAUAAAGGAUGGAGAGGUUGGGGGCCCGCUAUCGUUUUUAUUCGGGUCAGUUCUCUGGUCGUUUGUUUAAGGCUUGUUGCGCGCCCAAUGGCUGAUGUAGCAUCUGAUUUGAAAACGAAUCCUGCCGGUUGAUUAUUUCGUGGAGACUGGAGACGUGUCGUACAAGUGACGGUUGAGGUGAACGCCGUCGUACUUUAGCCAUUGGUCGAACCCGCUAUGCGGAUUGCUAAAGACACUCCGAAACCUACCGAGGAGUGUUUGUCGUGAAGAAGGUGCCAAGAAAGAAGAAACAUGAUUUAAGCUGAACCCUGUUCGAUUGAGGUUGAGGUUGAGGAAAUAAGGUUGCAUCCCGGGAAUUCCGGGACUGGCACACGGGGGGUGUUUCCCGUUUCGUCACCACCUGGCCAUCUCAAUGUGUCGUGCGGCGGAGGUCCUACCACGCAUUUCGCUUCCCAGGGUAUGGUUGUUCAAAGCAACAGUUAUUUGUUGGUCCGUUGUACUUCAUCCGGAGUUGCUCCGCACAAGUUUGGGAUCCUGCGAGUUGUUUGCGCACAGGUUUGCGUUGGAGUGGGCGGUGCAUGGGCGGCUCUUUUGCCCCGGGCGUUGGAUAUGGUUUGAUUCACGUUGUCUAUGUUGUGCCUGCGUUGUCCCGCUUCCCUCGUUCAACCAUGAGGUUAAUGAGGUUUCCGCAGCACGUUGCCUGCAUUGGGAUAUCUAUUGAUUUGGGUGGAGAACGCGAGGUGCAGCACUGUCUUUGAAGUUGUGUCAGCCUCCUUCGGGUGAAAGCUGGGUGAUGCCGCGUCAGGGUAUCGUCAUGAGGGCAAAAUGUGUCGUAGCGUUGUACGUUUCUUCCUUCCUAUUUCUCCGUGGACGACUUUGAUCUUCUUUUUGUGUGUCGGUAGGGUGUGUGUCCCCAUUGCGGUUGGUACGGCAGUUGGCGCCGUAUGAGUUCUUGCCUGGGUCUCUUGAACCUGUGUUGGUGCUGCUGCCGUUGUCCCUUUCCUGAAAGCCUAAUUUCAUUAGCAGCCCCAUCUAGAGGUGUCUGGGGGUUGACGUUGGGUGGCUGAGAGGUGGACUGCGGUGGAGGGCGUGGUGUGGUGGCCGGGUUAGGGAUGGAUGACAGCGGUCAGUUGCGUAGGAUGCUACUAGGAUAUACCGGUAGCGCUCGUUGUGGUGUUGCA